AACUAAAUUUGAUUAUUUUGAACGGGUCAAGAUGGCGGAGGAGAGCAGAUUGAAGCAACGGAAUCACUCUCAGCAAAAUUGCAAAAACAUAAUAUUCGAUCAAGCAGGGCAUGGUGUGGAGGAUGUGCCUCCUAAAAUGAGCCCUGAAGAGAGGGACACCCUGUUGUCAGAACUCAACGACAUUUCGUCGGCUAGGCCUGUCCAGAUUGUCGUGGCCCAUGAAGACGACCACGCCUUUGAGCUGGAUGAGGCAGCACUAGAGCGCAUCCUGCUGCAGGAGCACGUGCGCGACCUAAAUGUUGUGGUGGUUUCAGUGGCCGGCGCCUUCCGCAAGGGCAAGUCCUUCCUUCUGGACUUCAUGCUGCGCUUCAUGUACAACAAGAUGUCCAGCUCCUGGCUGGGUGGGCACGAGGAGCCGCUGACUGGCUUCACUUGGCGGGGAGGCUGUGAGAGGGAGACUACAGGCAUCCUGGCCUGGAGUGAGGUGUUUGUAGUGGACAAGCCGGAUGGGAGCAAGGUUGCUGUUCUUCUAAUCGACACACAGGGGGCUUUCGACAGCCAGUCAACUAUCAAAGAUUGUGCAACACUGUUUGCUUUGAGCACCAUGACAAGUUCUGUACAGGUUUACAACUUGUCUCAGAAUGUACAAGAGGAUGACCUUCAACAUCUCCAGCUCUUUACUGAAUAUGGAAGGCUGGCUUUGGAGGAAAUCUACCAAAAGCCAUUUCAGACACUAAUGUUCCUCAUUAGAGACUGGAGCUACCCCUAUGAGCAUCCCUACGGCCUUGAGGGAGGGAAGAGUUUCCUUGAGAAGAGAUUACAAGUGAAACAGAACCAGCAUGAGGAACUACAGAACGUCAGGAAGCACAUCCACUCAUGCUUCUCCAACAUCGGCUGCUUUCUACUGCCCCACCCUGGCCUGAAGGUGGCCACCAAUCCCAACUUUGAUGGCAGACUUGCAGAUAUUGAUGAUGAUUUCAAGAUGGAGCUAGUCAGCCUAGUCCCAAUCCUGUUGUCCCCAGAGAACUUGGUGGAGAAGGAAAUCGGGGGAUCCAAAGUGACGUGCAGAGACCUUGUUCAGUAUUUCAAAGCAUACAUGAAAAUAUAUCAAGGUGAGGAGCUGCCUCAUCCCAAGUCAAUGUUACAGGCGACUGCUGAAGCCAAUAACCUUGCUGCUGUUGCUGGAGCAAAAGAAAUUUACAACAAAGGCAUGGAGCAGAUGUGCGGAGGGGACAAGCCAUAUAUGGCCGCAGAUCAACUGGAGCGUGGUCACAACGACCUGCGUAAGGUAGCAGUGAAACACUUCUGCUCAGUCAAGAAGAUGGGCGGCGAGGACUUCUGUCGGCGCUACCAGGAGCAGCUGGAAGCGGAGCUAGAUGAGGCCUUCGGCAACUUUGUCAAGCACAACGACGGCAAGAACAUCUUCUACGCGGCACGCACGCCCGCAACGCUCUUCGCUGUCAUGUUUGCCAUGUACGUGGCGUCGCUGGUGACUGGCUUCCUGGGCGUCAACACUGUUGCGGCAGUGUGUAAUCUUGUCAUGGGUGUAGCCCUGGCAGCUCUGUGCCUCUGGGCCUAUGUGAAGUACUCCGGCGAGUUCCGUGAAGUAGGCAGCGUCAUCGACCAGGUGGCUGAGACUCUUUGGGAGCAGGUGAUGAAGCCUUUGGGCGGUUACCAUAUGGAGGAUAACAUUAGGCUGAGUGUGGUCAACUCUGUUUCGGCUUGUCUGUGUGAGCGGGUGCUUCAGCAUGCAAGGUUAAAAACAGUGGCUGACGGCCUGCUGUCCACACACUGCCACAACCCUGCCCACCUGUAGAACCAGAGUUUACAGCUCUGCCUUCUAAUUGGUCGUAACUUCUUCCCGGUUAACUCGGGAGCCCAAUGACAAGGCUGCGUAAAGAGCUGUUGUGGGGCAGGAUGGAACGCCUCCUUUUCCUUGGAUCAAAUUGCUGAUUUGAUGUUUUUAGCAGGAUGUAUCCUCCCUCCCCAGUCAUUGGAAAUGGAUAUUUGAAGUACGUUAUGUGGCAGUUUUAUUGAAGCGGGCCAUUUGAGCUCAGUUUUAUUAGUGGUUGUCUGGGACAGACAGCUUUUAGAGACAAUUUGAACCACUUUUUCUCUAAGACUUUCCUCGUUUUGUUCUCACUUGCCUGAGUGAAUGGAUAUGGAUCAAUGUAAGAACAACCACUGUUUUAGUGCAGCACUAACAUGUCGUGGCCAUUUUGACUACUGAGGUUAUGCACCAAUUGCGGUAUAGCUGUGUGUUCACCGUCAUCCUUCCCCUCACACCUCCAACUACAUCUCUCAACCAGCUGCUCUUAAGGUGAAUCACUUUGUAUAUUUCUCAAGUAUUAGAAUUAUGUUAUUUUGUGAUUAUUCCAUCCAGACCAUUACUGCAAACGUGCUGUUUUGUACAGUUUAGUUUUUUUAAACUCAUCAAAAAUAGGGCAUGUGUAUGAAAUAUACAUAUAUAAAUACAUUUUCUAUACCUUUUUUGUAGCUGGAAGAACAAUGGUUUCGUGGUAGGCCACUGUGCAGUUUAUCAUAUGUAAAGGAAUGCGUUCGUGAUUUCUGUAUAUGUCAAAUAAAAUCUUUUUUUAUAUAUAUAUUUGUAAAGUAAUCUACAUUGAGCGCUGCAAUUCUACUCCUGCUGGCAAAGAAUGUAAUUUUUUUUGUCUUCUGUUGCAUUUUUGUUUUAUUUUUUCAAUUACAUGAUUAAACCAAAAAACAUCCAUUAAGUAAUGCAGGAUUUGUUUUUUUUCCAAGAGGCCCUGUACAUUUAGGUAGUACAGGUGUUUUACAGUGCACUCCUUGUUGGGUUAUGUUUUUUUUGUUUGUUUUUUUACACCUCAAUGUGUAACAAAGUGAGGAAGUUUAUAAUCAGAUAAUUGCCCAUUCAUGUAUGUUCACUAUGAGAAAUCUGGCACUGGUGUUAUCGAUACAUGUCCAAAGAGCAGUACACUCUGUUCCUCUUUAUCACUUAAUCGCUACAUUCAGAACCUGAAGGAUUCCAUAAUCCUCCUAUAGGCCUAGGCCAGUGUUUCUCAACCCUGCUUCUGGAUGCACCCCUGCCCUGCAUGUUUUAGAUCUCUCCCUGCCCUAACAUACCUGAUGUAGCUCAAGAAGGACUGGAUAAUGAGCUGAUCAUUUGAAUCAGGUUUGACAGAUCUGAAACUUGUAGGGCGGUGGGGGUGCCCAGGAGCAGCCCCCCUGGAGGACUGAAUAUUGGACUUUUAGCAUGAACAUCACACACAGCCAUUUAUUCCUUUAUGAUGUGAGCAAAAUUGGGGCAAUUUUCAAGGUCCCUCCUGAUGACCUGGUCUGAUAAUUUUAACAUGGUAAUCUGCAGGAAUCAGGCCAUUAGAUUAAGGACCCCCAAGACUAUAUUCAAAUCCCUCACUAGGAUCAAUGCUUUGGUCAUUGUGGCUUCACCUCUGUGAGAAUUACACGCCAGGUUCCAUUCCUUGCAAGCAGUUUACUUCAAUCUGGUGUUCACAUAUGUAACAUCUGUCAUCAGUCAGUAAACCGAAAGGAACUUGGCUUUUGAGAAUAAUGGAAUGGUCAAAAAAUGUCCCUUUCUUUACAUUUCUAAUAUUGUGGAGUAGGCCUAAAGCCCCAACUUGUAUUCACUUCAAAAUAUUUUUUUUGAAAACUAUAGCUGAAGCCUAAUUGUUUUCCUUAACCUAUUUCUCUGAACUGGCUCUUAACAGUGAUUAGUGUACUGACCAUGGCAUUGUUACACUUCAUCUCAUUUAUGCAAUUAUCUUUGUUGAUAAUACAUUUUAUGAUGAGGAUGGAACAAGGAGCAGAGGUUUGUUGCAGGGAUCGACCAAAUUUGUACUUCCAAUACUAAUUAAAGCUUCUCAAAUAUCA